CUCAUACUUAUUGAAAAAGGGCGGAGAACAAUCGCACGCAAGUCAGAACGUUUUCAGAGAUGGCCAGGAGCAUCUUUCACGUUGUGCCGUUGUGUUUUGUGUUGUUAGUGGCGUGGGCAGAUGAUCGUGUCCUUCUCACAGAGGAAGACGAACGACGAUGGAACACACCACCGGAGCUCAUACCGGAGCAACUCGUCAAGACAUUCGAUGUAAAAAGCGGACGAUCGUUGUCUAUUCCAAUCACCACGAAUAUCAACGUAAACGCGGGAAACAAUGCACAUUCUUUGGGUUUUCAACUAGUCCCUGAAGGCGUUAGCUACUCCGAAAGCAACAGCUUUAAUCGUCCAUCGUCGGUGGCGAGUGGGAGCGUUUCGCAAAGUCAGUCGGUGUCGUUCUCCGCAGGAUCAACGGGAAUAGCUGGUGCUGUAUCAGAAGCUGCCAGUCAAUAUUAUCCUAUAUAUGGUAAUGUAGGGAAUGUCAACAGUCAAGUAUUUGGUUUCGACAGUGCAGCUGCUACUUCGUCGGGCAGCACCCAAAACGGGCAUGCAACUUCUUCUGCCGCAUCUUCUGUUGGUUUCGUGCAUUCUUCUGCCACGGCGAGCAUAGGCACCGUUCGUCCCUCCCAAGGAACGACUAUUCGCUUUCCAGGACAAAACCAAAAUCGACCAAUGUGGAGUAACAUUCGCCCUAACAAUAAUAAAAACAAUGGUCACGAUCCUCCGCGUAUGCCGAAAUUAGACAUCGAAGUAAAACCGCAUCGUGGAAAUAAUCGUGGUACGAUUAAGUUGCACGUUUCGACGCACGAGACAAAAUGGGACGAUAAUCAACCAAAAAUUCACAUACACAAGUGGCAACCUAGUUCUAGAACAUAUGACGAUGAUGUACAAACAUGAACAUAAAUAUACAAUUAGGUUUGACUCGAACGAUUUUAUUUAUCUUUUAAUUGUUUUUUUAGUCAAAUGUUGCGCCAUUUUACCUGCACUUCUACU